CUCAGACUUUCCUAUGCAAAGCGAAAGCAGGAAGAGGUGGUCAGAGCUAUGGUGACGAAAAUACGAUCAGGGAUACAGGCAGCAUAUAAUAUCCCAGAGACUUUGCGUGCGCCGCAAGAAAAGUGUGCGCAAUGCAGCAGGUGGGAAGACAACCUACAUGCUGCCUACAAUAGGUGUACGUCCUUUCAAGAGCGUUGCCAGCUGCUGACACUACUACCACGUAACCUAACUGUGAAAUAUGUGCAGGAAGUUAUUCCAGAGGCAACGAGGUACGUUAUUCAAAAAUCGAAGAAGAUGGUGGAUGAAGAAGGCGUAUGGUCAACACAGGAGCGAUAUACAAGAUGUAAGCUACAACACGAAGACAUUACCACCGUUUUAGUAUAUUACACCAUGGAUGAACUUGAUUGCUCUAGACAGACACCGAACAAAAAGGAUGUUGUGAGAAUCGAAAAGGAGGGAGAGAAGGAAUGGGUACCUAAACGGUUCAUGACGCGGUCCUUGCGAGAAGCAUUCCGCCUCUACAAGCAAGCUCACCCUGCCUCCCAGGUUGGCCUCACAAAAUUCAUAUCCUUGCGUCCUAAGUGGGUGAAAUGCUCGCCACAGUGGCAAGUGUGUGUUUGCGUGUGCUGUGCAAACUUUCAGUUGUGCCUCGUGGGACUGCAGAACGCCUCCGGAAGGUCGCUUUCUCCCGAUGAUAUGCAGAGUCUCUGCGUAUGCCAGGAACCUACUGCGUCAUGUUUCCUCAGGAAUUGUGAGCACUGUCCACAAGAUGGCAUUUUCACUUUGGAAAAUUUUGAUAUGAGCAGCGAGGACGAGGUGUUGAUUGCUUCAUGGGAAUACGGCGAGCUAGUUAAAAAAACUAUGACCGCUUCAUCAUUUAUGAGAGAAUUUCUAAGAAUGACCAUGAAAUGGAUUCCCCACAACUAUAUCAGAUCUGUGCAAGCAAAAGCAAUACAUGAAGAAAAACAGAGCUGCGAGAGAGGUGCAAUUGUUUUGCAUUUUGAUUUCGCCGAAAACUGGACAGUUGUGCUUCCAGACGCAGUACAAGCGUACCAUUGGCAGAAAAAGCAGGUCACCGUGUUUACCUGCGUUGUCACGUCAAGAAAAUCGACUCGGAACUACGCCGUUAUUUCCGACGAUAUGUCUCAUGAUUCAGCUCAUGCAUGUUUGGCUCUGUCAAAAAUCAAAGCACACCUGGAAGACAACGCGCCAAUCUACACCAAGAUAACACAUGUGAGUGACGGGGCUCCCGCUCACUUCAAGAAUAAAUAUCAGUUUCAUGAGCUACAACGCAGUGAAUGUCAAGAGACUAAAUGGAUGUUUUCGGCCACUGGACACGGCAAAAAUGCUUGCGACGGCGUUGGUGGGCUUGUGAAACAUCGAGCAUCACACCACAACUUGCGGAAGCCUGCAAGUGAGGCCAUACAAACAGCCAGCGGCUUCGUGGACGCAGUUCAAGGAACGCUAAAGAACAUCACCAUUCUGGAGCUCCCACAGAGGGAGCUUGCAGACUUUCGCGAAAUGAAGAAGGAAGAAUGGAAAACGGCAAAGAAAGUGCCUGGAGUUCAGACACUCCACAUGUGGAAGUACGUUAAAUCAAAUGAAGGCAGUGCAUCCUACGUGGCAUCCACCGCUGCUUCGGAAUGGAAGAGACUGUGAUCUGGUUUGUACUUCGGGCUG